AUGGCUGGACGCAGUGAUACACUAAUCCUCGUGAGCGCACAUGACCACUGCACCCUAUGCUCAGAGGUCCUGGACCCCGGGGAAGACACAGUGUACAAGGAAGCCAAGAAUAAUGGUCUGGAGAUCCUGGACCCAGGGGAGGUGGUGUACAUGGAGACGAGGACCAAUGGCGUGGUGGAAAAGGGAGUGAUCCUCGAGUGUGGCUCCUUGCUCCCAGACGUCUUCAUCUGGGGCUUCACCAUGCCAGGAACCGCAACCAUCCGUGCAGUGGCCUACAACUUUGGCAAGGGCCCCAAGCUGCAGAAACUAGCCAAAACGCUGGGAGAGCUGAGUAUCAUUCAGAAGAGUGCCUCCAUCUCCAUUGCCAAGCUUCCCCUUGCUGCACAAGGGCUUUACACGUGUCAGGCUCUGUACGACACUGCCCAAGGAGCCAAACUGUACUAUUAUUACAUUCACCUGCAUGUAUUAGUGCCAGUGACAAGGCCAUACAUUGUCCUGAGUGAUUCCUCUCCAUCAGAAGGCAAAUCCAUGUGGAUGCGAUGUGGCCUUGAGAAUGGCACUGGACCCGUUAACUACAUUUGGGAGCAAACCACACUAGACAACACCACCCGUAUCAUGGCACAGAGCAACAACAGCCUGGUCAACAUCACCUGGGUUAGCCGCAACCACACCGGAUGGUACAGGUGCCUGGCGCGUAAUGAGGUGAACCAGGCCCAGAGUGAGCGCACCUGGCUUGAUAUUAUCUUCGGUCCCGAUGUGCCUAGCAUCGAGGUCACCCCAUACUCUGUCACGGAACGAGGCUACUCAGCUCUGGAGAGGGAAACAGUCUCCCUCCUGUGUCAAGCCCCUUCCAACCCUCCCAGCCAGUACAUCUGGUUCUACAACAACUCCCAGGUUUACAUGGGUCCCACCUUCACCAUCACCAGGAUCCUGCGCAUGCACACGGGUCACUACGCUUGCCUGGCCCAGAACUCUUACCUCAACACCCGCUCCAAGAAGACCAUCACCCUCACGGUCUACUAUCCCCCUGAUGGAUCUCCAUCCUGUACAGUUCGUCCUACCAACAACUACACAGAUCUGACCCUCUGGUGUUCAUGGGAAGGGGGAUACCCUCACGCCUCUCUACACUGGAGCCCGUUCCUGCCAGGGGCAAAUGGGCAGGGCUACGCUAAUGCCACUCUCACCCAGAGAGGGCCAGGCACUGCAAACAACUCUGUGUUUGAGUGUCAUGGCUCCCAUGUUGCCCUGAAUGGAUCAACAAGCUGCAGCACCAGGACAUGGCAUCCUCCAGGGGAACCCCAGUGUUACGCCUACGCCACCCGCAACAAUGAGUACCUGAUGUUCUCAUGCUCCUGGGAGGGGGGGUUUCCCAGAGCGUUGCUAUGGUGGGCCUCCAGCAUUGGAGAAGCCCAGGGCAAAUCUGAGGAGAACUCCAAUAUUCUAGUGCUGCACUCCAGUGCCACCUACAGUGGCAAGUCCUUUGUGUGUCACGCUCAGCAUCCACUGUUCUCAGAGAGGAAGCAGUGUGUCCUGAAGCUAGAGGCUCCAGUGCUGGUGACCCAGCGCAGCAUGGUCUCUGUAUAUGAGGGGAGUGACGUGCAGCUCACUUGCAUACUGAAGGCAAACUAUCCAGCCACCGAGAUCACCUGGUACAACAACCUGAAGCAGCACGUCAUAGAAACCCCCUCCAAGUACGUCCUGCAGCAUGCUGCGGCCUGGUCCAACCUCACGGUGAGGGAGACAGACGGCCUGAGAGACAGUGGACAGUACUGGUGCUCAGCUACCAACGCAGUGGGGGGAACAGAGAUUCCCAUUCACCUGCUGGUCAAGAGAUACCCAAUGCCACCCAACGUCACCAUCAACAAGAUUGUCUACAGCACCCAUCAGCAGACAGAGGUUGACAUAGAUUGGCUGAUAAAGACAGAAGGAGACAUCACUGGCUUCAUCAUCGAGCGCCGGCGGGUACCAGCGACCGAGGGAAAGAGGGACGUCGAUCCCCCCUGGCUAAAAGUGGCAGUUAACCUAGAUCCCAGCAUUCGCACCUAUAAGAUGGGAGGCUUCGAUCCGACUGGCCUUUAUGCAGUCCGAAUCAUGGCUGUCAAUCACCGCACUGUAGGCCAUCCAUCAGAGGAAAAGAGACCAGCUAUGCCAUCUUUCAAUGCUUACCCUGCUGUGAUUGGUGCAGCCAUUGGAGGCAUGAUUAUAGCCGCGAUAAUAACAGUUCUACUCUUCAUGUAUAUUGUGAGGAAUCGUAACAACAACCCACGCCUACAUGACAUGCUAUUUGGCAUUCGAAACAGUCAGUCAAGGGAAAAUAUCAACUAUCCCGAGGAUGAGUCUGUUGGUGGAGCAGAGAGGGAUGUGAGCAGAGAAGAACAUGGCAGUCCAGGACCAGCCAUGACAAGCCCAAGAGCCACUGUUUCACCACCAGACCUGCCGCCGAGGGAUGACAAUGAGCCUGUCAGUGUAACAAUUACCGUCAUGGCGACCAGUUAACAACAUGAUAGCCUACACGCUGGAGCAGGAAAUAAAACCAGCUAGCCAAUUCCAGAAAGUGUUAGGCCUACUGCAAGGAGUAUUAAUCCUUCUUUAUUGGACUGAGAACUUACAACACUGUCAUAUUCAGUACACAAAGAUUUGAUCACCUAUUCAAUAUUGACAUUCAAUUUUGUCAUCAAUCACAUCAAUCAUAUAUUACAGUAGAUCUCCAUAUUGGUUUGUGUUGUAAGGUCUAUUUUGUGUUUUAGGAGUUGUGACAUCAUGUAUGAAUGAAUAAUUUUCUUUUCACAAUUUCACAACUCUUUUGUUUUGGUAUUCUGUAUUCUGGUAUUCUGAAAGUCUGACAUUUUUUACACAUUGUUUGUAUCAUGACAGCACUAAGAAUUUGUUACUGUGGCUAUAGCCCAUAUUUAUUGGCAAGUUUGAUGACAAGUAUGUCAGCUUUUGAGUGUGUAAGAUGAAGCAAGUUGGUGUGUUGCAUUGUUGAGCAAAGCUGUUUUGUUCUUAUUCCACUGAUUUGAUAUAUUUAGGUGAACAAUAUGUAUAUAUUGUACAUACAUCUUAUCUGGUGGCAAGUUUAACUUUUUUUCCUGGGUUAGUAUUGUCUUCUCUCUACUGUGAAUAAAUGGCACUAGUUGAAAUGCUCUCAAGACUACUUCUGUCACAACUAGUAAAACCUUCAGCCAUUUUAGAUGUCAGAUGUCAGACUACAUCGCAAUCUGAAUUCCAGUAACACCAGGGGAAGACAGAGAAGACUGACUCAUCCAUUUCUGAAUUAGCAAACUUUGUUAGAGAUGUCAAAGCAGGUCAUGCAAGGUCAGGUUGUCUGAGACAUAUAGCUAUACAGAGGUGAAAAGUCUCCUGCAUUACAUGUUUUACAAGGCUAUUAGCUACCUGUUUUAAGAGAACCACCAUACCACCUCAAUUAGAAGAGCAUUGUAGAUUAUAUAGGGUAAAAUGUAUUAAGUUGUCAAAGUUUAGGAUA